GGGGGCUUUGGCGUGGCCAGUCCAGAGCAAAGUCCCGCCUGUGCUGGCCCUUGUGUGGGCAGCUGGGUCAGGCUCCUUUCUUAAGAAAACAAUCCGGCUUGGGGUCCUCACCGCCCUUUGUUGUCCUCCCCACGAGGUGAUCAGUUGAAGUCUCUGUGGUGACAGAACCAGUUUGUAACAGGCUUGUCUUUCACGGUCCUGUCUAGGGCUUGUUGGCAGGCUAGCCUGAAGCUCUGACAAGAGUGGCAGCAGAGGAGUCUCAGUGAAAGAAGGAAAGGCAAGAAACAGGAGGCUUAAACAGGCGGGUCACAUUGACUGCUCUCCGUUUGCAGUGGGUUGGCUGGAAGAAGUAAACUGGCAGCUUCACAUUUCCUUGCUCAUUCUUCUGUCCAUGCACACACGGGCAAACUUCCUUGAUAACAUGCUUUUGCGAAGUUCAGGAAAAUUAAAUGUGGGCACCAAGAAGGAGGAUGGUGAGAAUACAGCCCCCACCCCUCGUCCAAAGAUUUUGCGAUGUAAGUGCCACCACCAUUGUCCAGAAGACUCGGUCAACAAUAUUUGCAGCACAGAUGGAUACUGUUUCACAAUGAUAGAAGAAGAUGAUUCUGGGAUGCCCGUGGUCACUUCGGGAUGUCUGGGACUAGAAGGCUCAGAUUUUCAGUGUCGGGACACUCCCAUUCCUCAUCAAAGAAGAUCAAUUGAAUGCUGCACAGAACGGAAUGAAUGUAACAAAGAUCUCCACCCUACACUGCCUCCACUGAAAAACAGAGAUUUUGUUGAUGGACCUAUACACCACAAGGCCUUACUUAUAUCUGUGACUGUCUGUAGUUUGCUCUUGGUCCUUAUCAUUUUAUUCUGUUACUUCAGGUAUAAAAGACAAGAAACCAGACCUCGGUACAGCAUUGGGUUAGAACAGGACGAAACGUACAUUCCUCCUGGUGAAUCCCUGAGAGACUUAAUUGAGCAGUCUCAGAGCUCGGGAAGCGGAUCAGGCCUCCCUCUGCUGGUCCAGAGGACGAUAGCUAAGCAGAUUCAUAUGGUGAAACAGAUUGGAAAAGGUCGCUACGGGGAAGUCUGGAUGGGGAAGUGGCGUGGCGAAAAGGUAGCUGUGAAAGUGUUCUUCACCACAGAGGAAGCCAGCUGGUUCCGAGAGACAGAAAUAUAUCAGACAGUGCUGAUGAGGCAUGAAAACAUUUUGGGGUUCAUUGCUGCAGAUAUCAAAGGGACGGGGUCCUGGACCCAGUUGUACCUAAUCACAGACUAUCAUGAAAAUGGCUCCCUCUAUGAUUACCUGAAGUCCACCACCCUGGAUACUAAGUCGAUGCUGAAGUUGGCAUAUUCUUCUGUCAGUGGCCUGUGUCACUUACACACCGAAAUCUUUAGUACUCAAGGCAAACCAGCAAUUGCCCAUCGAGAUCUGAAAAGUAAGAACAUCCUGGUGAAGAAAAAUGGAACUUGUUGUAUAGCUGACCUGGGCCUGGCUGUUAAAUUUAUUAGCGAUACCAACGAGGUUGACAUCCCGCCCAACACUCGGGUCGGCACCAAGCGCUACAUGCCUCCGGAAGUGCUGGACGAGAGCUUGAACAGAAAUCACUUCCAGUCCUACAUCAUGGCCGACAUGUACAGCUUCGGCCUCAUCCUCUGGGAGGUGGCUAGGAGAUGUGUGUCCGGAGGGAUCGUGGAGGAGUAUCAGCUUCCCUAUCAUGAUCUGGUGCCCAGCGACCCCUCUUAUGAGGACAUGAGAGAGAUCGUGUGUAUCAAGAAGCUGCGUCCCUCCUUCCCCAACCGGUGGAGCAGUGAUGAGUGUCUCAGGCAGAUGGGGAAACUCAUGACCGAGUGCUGGGCCCACAAUCCUGCUUCAAGACUGACAGCCCUGCGGGUUAAGAAAACACUUGCCAAAAUGUCAGAGUCCCAGGACAUUAAACUCUGACCUGAGGGCAAGAAGCAGCAUCUCUGGAGGAAGCCAGCAGGCACUCUUCUGUGGGUAGGCAGAGCAGGAGAUGUUCCAGAAGCAGCCACAGUGCAAGCCUUGAACGCCGUCCCGUUUCCCAGCAGGCUCGGCCUUACCUCUCAGGGAGCAGCCUGCAAGGAGAGAAGUUCCCAGAAACACGGAUCCAUCGUGUCUGUUUGUAGGAGGGAGAAACUGCUUGGGUAACUUGUUCAAGAUGUGAUGCAUGUUGCUUUCUAAGAAAGCCCUAUAUUUUGGGAUUGCCUUUUUUUUUUUUAAAGAUGCUUUAAUUUUGCCAAAAUAAAACAAAUAAGGUAGAUGUUUUAAGGUUUAUACUAUUACAGUUUAAAUAAUAACAACACAAGUUCUUCCCAGAAGCUCUCCUGGAAGGUAAAUGCAGCUGUGUGUUGCCAUGGGUACAUUGUGUUGCGCUCUACCAACCAGAAGACAGUCUGUGAAGGGGGAGAGCAGCGAGUGGGACUCGUCCUGAAAGCCCCCUGCCCCCCCACGGCCCGGCGUGGCCCUGCCCGGGCCGUGUGGACGCACCUGGGUACGGACACCGCCUGGCGGGGCACAGUCUGGGAUUCCUGCAGGUGACCUUCUGCAACUUCAGAGGAUGCACAGAACAAAUGAAGGUUUUAUGUGACUCUAUUAGAAGUAAAUGUUGACACUAGUCUUCAGAACCACUGUGUGUUUCUGAUUCUGUUAGGCAUUUUCUUUCACGGUAAAAUCCCUUCCUUUUCAGUAAAUGCAAACAAAGCUGUUUUUAUGCGCGGAGAAGUGGCCCAUGCAUGCUCUUGAUCACGCAAGUGAAAGGAUCAAUAUUAAGUAAAAUGGCCAUCAGGUGUGUGGAGGACAAGGUGCUUAAAAAAGAGAAUUUGCUCUUGCGCUAUAAGAUGUGUCAGAAAGGUAGGGGUUGAGGGUGGAGGUGCAAAUGCCUUGUUUCUUAAAUACUCAGAUGAGCCCUUCUCAGAAGCACCAGGGAAAAGUUGGCACACCUUACCGUGCACAGAUAGAGAUGGCUUCUUUUUGUUACCAUCUGCCUUCUGCGUGUCUAAGUUAAGGGAAGGAGGAAACAUACGUCAGGUUAAUUUAACUAAAUUUUAAUUUAAAGAUAGAUAAAUAAACCCUCUGGGAGAGGAGAGGGAUGCUAGUGGAGGCCACAAAACAUUAUGGCUGCUGCGAUCUGUUAUCCUAGGGUAGGUAUGGAUCGAGUAUGUACAUCUGUGAUAAUUUCACAUCUUAGGAAUGCUGGCUGUUUAUUUUAUUCUCAUGAUGUUCAGUUCACUUUUUAAUUUAUUAUUUUUUCUUCUCUGUGGCACUGGUGCCAAACAUCUCUUCACCUAUUCAUUUCUGUGGGGUUGGACCUUUUGAGCAAAGUUGAGUCAUGUCAUUGACAGGGCCAGUAUUCCUUAGCAUAAUAAAGCUUAAAAUUGUAUAUACAUCCCUUUCAACUUCAUUUAAUCCCUGGCUGUGGUUUUCUUUUCCAUAGAAAUUCUAUAGUGUUUAGUAAAGAACUGGGAAGUACCUCCUCUCGCCCCUUAAAAAAAACAAAACAAGAUCGUACCUACCAGAAUACUCCAGAGGGCAGUGUUUUAUAACACAUUUUCAUGUCACCACUUGGUGGCUGAAAGGUGGAGGGUUUUUGAAAGUGUGACAGCUGCAUGAAACGUGGGGCCUUCUUCCUCACUUCUGAAGUGGGCCUGCAGCUGGUGACAGGCUCCUCCAGGAAGCAUCCAAGGGCAGAGACUGGCUGUGAGCUGUGCUUACGGUUUGGAAAAGCAUCAGGAGAAACAGUGUCCUGCAUUCAGCAUUCACUUCCCAGUGCUUCAUAACCAUGUCUCCUGGUGUAACAGAGUAUUUUCUUAAUCCUUGAAUAUGAAAAAGUUUCUCUUUUUUCACAGCUUAAGAACAGUUGGUUCCAAAUAUAAUUGUAACCAGAAUGCUGCCUUUACUGAUAUUAAGAUAACCUGAACAGCGGUGUAAAGGUUCCUUUCUCUGGUGUUAAAUCGUGUUCUUUGUGGUAGCUGAGGAGGGGUAUGGGCUAGAGCUACGUGUGCUAAUCAUCUGAGCCCGGGGGAGAAACUUCAGUGCCUCUAAUCAGGUCAUCUGCAAACAAAUAAGUAAACAUUUAAGUUUUUGUUUCUUGACUUUCCCUAAAUUUAAGUGAUGUUGGGCUUACGUCUUAGGUAAAAAUGUUAUGUUUCUGUGUUUGGUGAGCUCUUAUACAUGGAUAACUUCAAAUCAGAAUAUGUUGUAGGGAAGUGAUGAUGUGAAAGUAAACUAGAUUUCUUAGGGAGGUGUUGAUUCCUGUGAAGAAGGCUAAGAAAUUAAAAUAGAAUCCAAGUUUCCUGUAUUAUUUGUUUGCUUUAGAAAAAAUGGAUAGCUCACUUUCUAAUCCACAACCCGACUGACUCACUACGAACAUUUAAAAAUUACUCCUGAUACUUAAAAAGGCCCAUUUAGUUAUUAUAGUCUUUCAAUGAGAGAAGAAUUUAUUUAUGAAUAGAUUUUUCUUUGUAUCUUACCAAAAUCCACCUUGCUUAGGGAAUAUUAAAUAGUUCUUAAAGAGACUACCUACUUCCAAAUAAUUCAUUUCGAUUUUUAAAUUUCUGGUAGCUCAGAGCGAAUUUUAUUUUAUUUUUUUGUUCUGUCUUUCAGUAAACUCAUGGAAACCUGGAAAUAAUGUAGUUGAUUGCUUAUUUUCAGGAUGAUUUCAAAGACUAAGAUUUUCUUCUAAUCGCUUCCCUGCAAAGGAAUCCUAAAAUAUUACCUGUUAGCUAAUAUAAGUUUUGUAUGCUAAGAUGUUUGGGUUUAUAGUUUUUGUAUGUGUGUAUAUAUUAUAUAAAUAUAUAUGUAUAUAUAAAUAUUAUGUUCAGUUUGGAGUCUGGCACAACUCCAUCAUGUGGAUUAGAGAGUAAAGUAUUAUGGAUGAUAAAGUACUAAGUGAAACAUAAUAUUUAUUUAUAAAAGGGUGUGGAUUGUUCAUCACAGGCGACAGUGCUAUGAACACUGAGGAGACAGGCCUUUGACCUCCUAGAAAGCACCGCUCAAAAGUCAUUAGUGACUGUUCUUUUUAUUCUCAAAACAAAGCUUCUUGGAAAGCAUACUAAGAUUUUAUGUACAGGGGAUUCUCUGACACAUUUCAGUUGCUGGGUAGCCAGGUAGAGCAAGUGCUGGGUAAUGACCGAUUUUCACGUUCCCGGGGUCACGCACAGUCAUCACGAGUUAGUGUCCUGUGCUUUGGUCUGUUCUGGUUCUUCCUUGUUUGUAGGUGGAAAGGCGCUGAAAGAAGUCCAGUUUUUUAAACUUGAAUAAUUCUGUUAUUACAUCUCCUUAGAAAACUUAGUCACAUCGCAGUGGAAAUGAAAGAAGUGGCAUCAGAAGUGGCUUAAUUUAGCAGCUGUGAUUCCUUUUGUAAAACAAAACAGAAAAACAAUGCCACAUUUCUUGGAGAACAGUUAGAAUAUAUAAGGGAUUUUGUUGUCUGUCUGUUUCAAAAGAAGACUCACUUGUGUUCUUUUGGGGAACCAGUGCCUUACUGAGUUUGUAUUGUAUAUACUGUAAUUAUUCAGGACUAGGGAACAAACAGUUGUAUUUGUUACAAAUUGUAUAUGGCUUUGUUCUAACAUUCCCCCCAAUAAAACGGUUUCAUUCUCGCCUUGGAAAGAACAA